UAGCCGCGCAAAGCAUCACGGUACUUCCUUUCACACCGAGGCCAUAUUGCCAAUAGCACACUGUUGGCCGGAUCGGACUAAACUGCAAAAAUGGUGGCCGCAAAGAAGACGAAAAAGUCGAUGGAGUCCAUCAACUCCCGACUCCAGCUGGUUAUGAAGAGUGGAAAGUACGUGCUGGGCUACAAGCAGUCCCAGAAGAUGAUCCGCCAGGGAAAAGCCAAGCUGGUCAUCCUGGCCAACAACUGCCCUGCUCUCAGGAAGUCUGAGGUAGAGUACUACGCUAUGCUGGCCAAGACCGGCGUCCACCACUACAGUGGAAACAACAUUGAGCUGGGAACAGCCUGCGGAAAAUACUUCAGGGUGUGCACACUGGCCAUCAUUGACCCCGGCGAUUCUGACAUCAUCAGGAGCAUGCCAGACCAGCAGCAGCCUCCCCAGUAGAAGAGUUUGUUCUAAAUAAAUCGUCGGAAAAAAAAUACAG